AUGUCAGCCGCCGUGCUGUGUUAUAUAAACAUCUUCAGUCCCGUUUCACUCUCUCAUCCGGUUCUUCUUCUUCUCUCUCAUCUUCACAGCUCCUUGUCUUCCUGCCUCAUUCCGGACGUUCCAGCAAGAUAUGUGGCGUGCGACUUGGAAGCAUCCCAAUGCAAUCUUGAUGGUAUCCUUGUUAUUUUCGCCACCAGCAUUGGUCUUGCCAGUUUGACGCCACAUGGUCUGAAGGCGAGCUUCCACAGGACACAAAAUGUGUUGAAGGCAAACCUCCAAUAUUCAAGGACGCGAAAAGACAUCAUAAUGGAACGAUAUAACAUAGCUGCUGCCCUUCCUGGGCGUCGCUCGCGGCGUGGAUGGCACAGUGGACAGGACCUGAGUCCAUCCGACCCUCUUCGAGCGCGUUUGGUGGCCACAUCCGCCGAGGCUCUCGGAUGUCUGACCUGUCUCCGCCCUGUGCCUCCUCAGCAUCUCCUCGGUCGGUUGUACUGGCCCGCACCAUGGUCUAGGCACCCCGGUCCUCGUCAACUCCCGCGGCUCAGUAUCGGUGGUCGCUCUUAUCCAGGUCGGGACCUAGUGGUGGCUCGGGCGUGGAACGUUGGCCCUGUUCUGCAGGCGUUGCUAGCUUCCAUUCCGUUCGCUCCUCAGUGCCCGCCGGGUCCGGGGUGGCAUCGUUACAUUCAGUCUGCUUCCUCAGCGCCAAGAGGCUCAAAGCUGAGGUCAUCAGCGCGAAGGAGAAAGGACUGUCGCGACCCAGGUUGUGGGGAAAGGUGAGUGGUUCUAUUUUCUCGCGUUUAUGGUUGUCUUCGAGAGUGGCAGCAUCAGCUCGAGACGCCAUGUGUUAUUAGAUCGAUAUGAUCAUCAUUUAAUGACACAUGGAGUCUCGAUCAGCUGGUCUAACGCCCGACUUCUAGGACUUGCAGCUACCGCAACUACAGAGCACGCUGUGAUCACCAGACUAAGAGAGGCGGCAGCGGAUUUGUAUACAGAACACGCGUGGAUCUUAGGAUGAUUAGUGGGGACACAUACUUGAAACAUCUAACAUAUCAUUCGAUCCCGCGGAAAUUUCCACCUGAGCGCCACCUGUACUCUAAUUACCCCUGUGCUCCCGAUCUUUGUGUC